GAUAGAAAAGAAGAGACUUGUUUAUCCAGGGCCAAGUGAAUUUUGGAAUUUGCUAAAGAAGAGGGCUAUGAUUCUGUAAAUCAAUAAGUGGCUAAUAAAUAGUACAUCUCUCUCUUUGUAUUUUACUAUGUGACAAAAUUUGUAUAAGUUAUUAAGUAUACAGGAUACCUUUUAUUAUUAUGGCUGAAGUACAGUUUAAGACAAUGAAGAUCAUAAAACUAUAUGAUUUAUGUUAGGUUAAAAAUAAUAGUGCUAAACCACCAGUUAUGGCUGUCACAAGAUUUACAAAAAGUAACUAAGAUUCUCCUAUCCUGAUGAUAUGGAAAACUGAUGAGGCAGGCUAAUUCCUUUGAAACAGAGGCUGAUUGGAAAUUAAACUGUAUGAGAUUAUAUGGCCAAGCAAGAAGGGAUAUAGAAAUGAACUACAGAUCAAUUAGCUUGACAUCUGCAGUAGAAAAUAUGUUAAAAUCUAUUAAUUACAGAUGUGGUGGAAGGGGAAUUUAGAAAAUGAUAAUAGGAUAGUGUCUAUCGACCUCUGUUGUUUGUGAUUUAGGUAGGCUUUUUAGAAAAUUUGCAGACUACACGUUAGUGGAGUUGUAGAUAAUGAGAGAAGUUAUUAAAGGAUACAGCAGGAUAUAGAUCAGUUGCAAAUCUGGGCAGAAAUAACAGAUCCAAUUUAUUCCACAGAUAUGAUUUGUUGCACUUUGAGGGACCAAAUGCAACAGAACCAUAUAUGGUCAAAUGGCAGGACAAUUAGCAGCACUGAUAGAAGGAGUUUGAGGAACAAGUCUGAAUGUAACAACACAAGUAGAUUGUGUGGUAAUAAAAGCAUUUGGCAUACUUGCUUUAACGGAUCAGGGCAGUGAGUAAAGAAACUGGCAAGCCACAUUGAAGCUGUAUAAAAUGUUGGUUAGGCCACAUUUGAAGUACUGUGCAUAUUUAGAGUUCUGGUCUCAACAUUAGGAGGAGGAUGUGGAGUGUACAGUAGAGGUUCAUCAGUAUGUCUCCUAGAUUAAAGAGUAUUAUCCAAGUGCAUAAAUAAUGUGCAGGCAGACAGGAUUAAAUUGGCAUCAUGUUUAGCACAUACAUGUCAGCCAGAGAUCUUUUCCUUUGCUGUACUGUUCUACUUUCUAUGAAAGGGAGAUCACUUAAUCAAUCUGCUAUUUGAUGUUUGUCUGACAUGGCAACUUAUAAAAAUAAAUAAGAGCAAACUAAUUAAUGUGGUAUCCUAAGUAUUUCUCAGACUUUCCAUUAGGAGCUACAGUAGAGAUUGUUAGAAACAACACACUGGUAUGAAUAGAGAAGAGACUAAUGGGACAGAAAAUUGAAUUAAAAUAAAUGGGUUAUCUUCAAAAGGAGAAUCAGGAGCAGCAAAGAUUUAGCAAGGGGAUCAAGAGAUCCAAAUCAAAAUGGGCUUUAAAGUGGAGCUACACAAGCUUCAGGAGAAACACACAUUAAGUACAUGGACAAGAUGGUGUUGGUGAAUCAUGAUGACGUUCUGCAGACUACACACAAUUACAUUGAUUCUAUUAUGGUUAUUAUUCUAUUAUCGAUUUAUUGAGUAUCCUGCAAGAAAAUGAAUCCUCAGAGUUGUAUAUGUUGACAUGUGUACUGUGAUAAUAAAUUUACCUUGAACUUUGGAGAAAGACAUAGCAGAUGGAAUACAAUGUGAAAGAAUGUGCAAGCGUACAUUUUAGUAGAAAAUGGAAAGAUGAGAGUUUGAAAAGUUUUGCUUUUAGGAUGCUAACCUUUACUUGAAUUCAUGAAAGCCUUAUAUAGGGCUCCGAUGAAAAUGCAUCUGGAAUAUUGUUUACUUUUCCAGUAUCCCUAAAGAAACAUGUACUUACCUAUGAGUGAAUGCAGCACAGGCUCAUCAGAAUGAUUCCUAAGUUUACAAGUCUGCUCUUGAAUUUAGAAGAAUGAGACGGGUUCACAACGAAAUAUAUAAAAUUCAUAUACGGCUUGAAACUCCAGAGGCAGAAUUGCCAUUUUACCUGUCCAGGGCUUCAGAUCCAUGAUUCACAGUUUCAAAAUAAGGGUUUAAUUGUUCAGAACAGAAAGAAAUAAGAAAUUGCCUCACCCAUAGGAUAGUGAACAGUUUUAAAAAAAUCCAAAUGAAGAGGACUCUGGAAGCUGUCCAUCAAAUUUUCAAGACAGAUUGACUGAUUUUCAGAGAAUCAGUCAAGAUACAUGGCUAUUGUAAAGAACAGACACUGAAGUAAAAGAUCAGCCACAACCUAAAUGAAUGAUGGAGCAGCCACAAGAAGCUAAAUGGCUUUCUACAGCGUCUUAUCAUUUAAUGUAGAGAAUGGAUCAAAUGCACCUACAUCCCUUCAGAGAUCAAAAUUGCACAGCAUAUCAAUCAACAAGAUCUGGACCAAGAGCUGGGAGGUGGUUUUGGGCUGGAUCAGUCUUCUUUGCCUCCUUCGAUGUAAUGGGCCAAUUACCCAACUCCCUCCGAUUCUAAUUUCCCUUGUUAUGUGUUCUUCUGCAAACAUACCAAGUGUUUCUUCAUCUGAGUUUACCACACUUCCAUAUCCAGAUAAUUUCUCACACGAUUUGCCAGAAACAACAUUGUUGAACUGGAGCUAUAUUUUCCUGCUGUGGCUUGGAGGUUUGCAUGCCUUACUGACCUGGAGAGCUACGUUGGUUGGAGUUGAGGCUUUAUGCUUUGAUUCUUGGUAGGGUCACCCUUACCAAAUAGAUCAAAGGGUAGGGGCCAGACUAAGUGGUCCACCGGUCCUUCGGAUUCGGGAGUUCAGUUCAGGGCUAACAACCCAGAGAGGUAAAACAAAAUUAUUACGGAACCAGCAAUGAAAGAAUCCUCUAAUGUGAGUGCGACAGUAUUGCCGAGUCUCCACCCAGGACUUGCAUGACUGACAGUAGUGAAAACCAAGAGAAAGCUACUGACAUGAUGAAGGAAGCCCCAAACACUGCCAGAGAUGAAGGACCUUCAUUGUUGCCCUAAACGCUAACGGUACAACAGGCAGUAAGCAAGUCUUCAUUUCUAAAGAGUGUGCCUAUCUGUCCCCAGGGCCCAUACUCCUAGUAUACAGCAAUCUCCUUAAUAACAUAUCAAUUUUCCUUCUCCAACAUAUCAUUCAUGCCAAAAUUCUUGCACAAUUCUAAUUACAUUAUCAAGCUUUUCUUUGCUCUGGGAUAGUUCCUGCUGUUUGCCCUUGUGUGGUAAAUUUGCAUACAUUCUUUCUUUAUAUUUUCAUUCUCCAAAUUUAUUUGGGUCCAAAUUGUUAUACUACCCACCAAUACCACAUUCUUGGAAAACACCUUCCCACAUCCUGAUACAUUCCACUUUAUACUCCAUUCCCAGCUUCUUUGUUUUACCUCUCCAGUACAACCUGACCUUGUUUCACACCAACAUGCGAAUUACUCACUGUACAAUCAGACUCUUAUUUGAUCCAUUUCCACUCUUUUCAAUGCUGCUCCCUCAACAAUUGUUGCUUCUGUAUUGUGUGAUUGAGAUCUUCUACUCUCACUUGUUCAAUACAAUCACCACGUCACUUUCCAGUAAGCCUAAAAGCUUUUGGAUCACUGAUCUGCUUCUCCCUCCAAUAACCCUAUCAUUAUACUGGUGAGUUGAGUCAAUGGGUGAAUCCAAUCAAAAGCAAACCUAAGAGUCUGGCCGUUUACUUCUAAUUCUGUCAGCCUGACCUGUAGACCAUUCUGCCUCUAUUACUUCCAUCAGUCAACUUCAGCUACACCAAUUACAUUAUAGCUUAACCAAUUAAUUUCUGAGUAUCAUCUCCUAAAACAUUCGUAAAUAUCUGAUACCAAAUGAAGUACAAUUACCAAUGCUCAAUCUAAAUCAGGAGGUCCCAACCCCUUGCUUAAUGAUAUUGGACCAUGGCAUUAAAAAAAGGUUGGGAACCCCUAAUCUAAAUUAACCUGCCCAUUUUCUAUCAGCACGCCUAAUGAAAGGUUAUCAACCGUAACUGCUCACUUUCUCUCAUCACCCAAUUAGAGUCUCAGAACACUUCAGCACAGCAGGCCAUUCAGCCUAUCUAGUCCAAGACGAACUAUUAAUCUGCCUAGUUCCAUAAACCUGCACCCGGACCACAACCUCCAUACCCCUCCCAUCCAAUGUUCCUAUCAAAUUUUUCUUAAAUGUUGAAAUUGAACCCAUAUCCACCACUUCCACUGGCAGCUCAUUCCACACCACCCUGGGUGACGAAGUCCUCCCUCAUAUUCUCCUUAAACAUUUCACCUAACCUAUUCAACCUCUCCCUAUAACCCGUGUCAAAUCCUGGUAACAUUCUUGUAAGUGUCCUCUGGUGUCUUUCCAUCUUAUUGAUAUAUAUCCUGUAGGCAGAUGACCCAAACAGCACAAUCCUCCAAAUUAAGUCUCACCAACAUUUUAUACAACUUCAACACAACAUUCCAGCUCCUGUACUCAAUACUUUAAUUUACAAAGAUCAAUAUGCCAAAAGUUCUCUUCAUAAUCCUAUCAACUUGUGAUGCCACUUUCAAGAAAAUAUGGAUACAGAUUCCUAGACCCCCCCCCGCCCCCGUUCUACUGCACUCUUCAGUGCCAUAGUAUUCCUUGACUGUACACUCUGGUUGUCCUUCCAAAGUACAACACCUCACACUUGACUGCAUUAAAUUCCAUCUGCCAUUUUCCCAGCUGAUCCAGAUCCUGCUGGUGAUCCAGUUUACUAUAUUAUCAUAUAUGUCAAUCAUCUGGAUGACAAACAACAGACCCAGUAAUGAUCCCUGAGGCAUAUCAACAAUCACAGGCCUCCAGUCAGGGAGGCAACCAACUACUACCACUCUCUAACUUAUCCUACAAAGGCAAUGGCUAAUCCAAUUUACUACCUCAACCUGAAUGCCAAGUGACUGAACCUUCUUAACCAACCUCCCAUGUGGGAUCACGUCAAAGGCCUGGCUAAAGACCAUGUAGAGAACUGUUUUACCAAAAUGUGUUAUACUAUUUCUUUAAGUCUGCUCUCUUUUGGUCACACCAUCCACUUACUUCGCUACCCAACAUCACGGACAGAAGGACAUCCACAUUUGACAUUUCCAAACCUGCUGGCCUGUUACCCAAACGCUGACAUACAAUUAAAUGUCACCCUCCAGCAAACUCUCAGUUCUGCCCAUUCCUCCACCAGCAUCAAGAUACUACCCAGUUCCCAACACAUUUGUGUCCAUUCGACCUCAACACAUUUCUGUAAGUCUGUACACAGCAGCCCUCAGGAUUCAGUUCCAUGACAAAACCGGGAAUAGCCUGGUCUCCACAGCCCAAAUGAAAGACCAAAAUCAACACCAUCCUGGUUGAAGUUGCUCUUCCACUCAUACAACGGAGAUUACAAUUAUCCCAAUUUCCUUUACUCAAAUGCCUGCACUGAAUCCUGGCAAUGGCAAAACUGAAAAGUGGGAAGGGAAAUUAGAGAUAUCACAUGAUCUGUACUGAUGGAGAAAAUAGCUUAGUUUCUCAGAAGGUACAAACAUCCCUUAAACCAAUCAACUUCCCCGACCCACUUUACAACAUCUCGGCCUUAUUCUGUCUCCAGCGAAGUAACUAACAUUAUAUAAUGCAUUUGCUCAUUAAGAUACUUUAGAGCCUUAAGCACUUCAUCUUCCCCCAAGGUAAGAGAUGUGUGUGGGGGGGGAAAGAGAUUAUGAACCCACAUCUUACCACCAUUUUACAUGUAUGAUUUUAUUUCAAUCGCAUGAUGUCAAAUUCUUACAAUAUGUUCCUGUUGAGAGAGAAUUUAAAUAAAAAAUUACACGCACCAGCCUUUUCAUGACAAUAAAUCCCAUUUUAAACAAACCAGCGAGACGAUUUAAAUUCCGGAGGUUGUCAAAAAUGCAUCCUCUAAGCGUGAGUCUGCACUGGGUUGUAAUAGACGAGCUCUCGUAUUUUUAUAAAUAUUUUAGUUCAUUUUUAUUUUUUUUGAAUCGGCAUUUUAAUGGCUUAUGGUGAGGAAACAGGCAGCUGGGCUAUUGUUUGUUAAUCGCUUGUUAAUUGGGUUAGUUUAAUAUUUAAGUUACUAAAAUAAAUGAACCGUAAAUAUAAAACGGAAAUGGAAACCUACUGCUGUUGGUAAUCUUUUUUUAAAAAAGAAAAGAUAUUCCUGCAGCCAAAAGACAAACAGAGAAACCCAGUAUUUUUUUUUGACACCUUGCAGAAAAAUAUGCCCCAGCAAACCACCAGGAGGCUUCGAGGCGCCGGCACGCGGACAAGUGAGGUCCAAAUGCAGUCAUCCGCAACACGAAUCGCCGGUCGGUUCGACUCCAGCCAGCAUCCACAACCCCCGCCCUCCGCCUCACAUCACCUUCACCGUCAAAAAGCAACGGCAGGCGGUCGGUGCCGUCUCCAUCCCUGAGGUGGGCACCAUUCGAGUCCUUAGAACUCUCCUCGGCACCUACAUUAGCGAUGACUUCUGCUAGACGAGACUUCGGAUCAUUUCAUUCAUCAAAUGUGCAAGAACUUCUGGGCGCUAUAAAGGCGGGGAAUUAUGUUCCCCCUACUUUGCCAUUCGAGUUGCCCAAGUUCCACUAUAAUAAUGGAAAUAUUCCAAGCUUUGGCGAAGAGAUGAGGAAAAAGCAUUUUCUUCUGGAGGAGGAGACAACAUUUAUUAAUCAUGGUGCUUUUGGCAGUACUUUGAAAGAGGCUCUGGAUGUUGCCCAGAAAUGGCAGCUAUAUAUUGAAAGACAACCUCUGCGAUUUUAUGAUAGAGAAUUGCUUCCCCAUUUGGUCUUUAUUUUGAAACGAUUAGCUACGUUUGUAGGAUGUUCUCCAAUGGAUUUAGUGCUGGUACCAAAUGUUACGAUGGCCAUGAAUAUUAUCGUAAGGAAUCAGGAUCUGAAGGAGGGGGAUAUAGUUUACAUGCUGAAUGUGACCUAUGGUGCUGUGAAGAAACUCCUCAGACAUGUUUGUGAAGAGCAAGGGGCCACACUGCAGGAGGAAAGUCUGGAAUUUCCACUAUCAGGGCCUGGUCAGAUCAUUAACAAAGUGGAGGAGUCUUUGCAGCCAGGGACAAAAUUGGCAGUGUUUGAUCACAUUCCUAGCAAUGCUGCAUUCAUCAAUCCAUUGGAGGCAAUCAUCAGUAUCUGCCGACAAAGGGGUACAAGAUUACUAAUUGAUGGAGCACAUUCACUUGGUGUAAUGGAUUUGAAACUCAGUUCUCUAGAUGUUGAUUAUUAUACAUCCAACUGCCACAAAUGGUUCUGUAGUCCAAAGGGUUGUGCUUUCCUGUACGUUAAACCAGAGCUGCAAAAUUCCUUACGACCACUUGUGAUUUCACAUGGAUUUGGCUUUGGCUUCAGUUCUGAUUACAUCUGGACAGGCUUGAAAGACUACACACCUCCCCUGGCUCUUCACACUGUGUUGGAUUUCUGGGAAUCUGUGGGUGUGCAAAGAAUUCGAGGAUAUAUCAAAGACCUUAUGUCCCAAGCUGUGGAUUUACUGGUGAACCGUUGGAAAACUGGACUACUGGCCCAAAGAGGAAUGUUUGGUUCUAUGGCAUGUGUUCGACUCCCAGAGCGUCUACUUAAAGGUGAUUAUGCAAAUUAUGAGCAGGCAGAGACCAUCCAGAAUAUCCUGUACAGCCAGUUUAACAUUGAGGUGCCCAUCAAAGCUCUGGGAGGAAAGUUGUAUGUUCGAAUUUCUGUACACAUCUACAAUGAUCUGAAGCAGUACCAGAAGCUUGCAGAUGCUGUCGAAGAAAUUACAUUAAAAGCUUGUUGUCUUUUGCACACUGAUUGAAGGCCCAAGUUGAUCCUCAGGACUAGACUCCCAGUCUGCUCUGAGUGGGCUAUAUUGUUCAUAUGUCUGACACCAUCUCCAAAACAGGCACUCCGGCCUUUAUUAUCAUGGUAAGAGAUUGCUGACAGCGCAGAGAAAACACUUCAAAACAUGCAUGAAAAAAAUAUAACUCAUGGGUAUCCUCGGCUUGUGAUUGAUCAAAAUGAAGCUAAUUUUCUGGGAUAGCACUGGGAACUUUGAUUCUCUGUCAGAAGCCCAAUGGCAACGGCAAAAGUGCACAAGCCUACCAUAUUACUCACCUCCACCCACUAGUCUCAGUGAUGAAUGUAAUGAGAGAGCAGAAGGUUAGAAGAGAGCUUUGGUAAAGGUCCCGGCCCGACUGUGUCCUCGGUCACAAUGAGCUUUCUCAGAACUCAUAGUACUGGAGUGACUCGAAGAAAAAGAGUGAAACAAAAAAAAAAGAAUGGUAAGGGAGGUAGGUUUUUCAAGCAUCAUUGCUGGACUUCCAUCCACUCUCAAGGAAGAUAAUUGAGGUUCUCAGUGUCACCGUGGACAGUCCUUCAUUUUGAUUCAUCACAUUCUCUUGUCCUGACGAAGGGUCUCGGCCCAAAACGUCGACUGUACCUCUUCCUACAGAUGCUGCCUGGCCUGCUGCAUUCACCAGCAUUUUUUUGUGUGUGUGUUGCUUGAAAUUCCAGCAUCUGCAGAUUUCCUUGUGUUUACAAAAGAAAGAGUGUCUGUUUCAGGAGUCUGGUGAAGAGCUGGGAGCUGUGCCCCCCACCACCACUAGUGUUGGCUGAGCACUGGGGAUUUAGACCAGGGAGAGGAACCUGAUAUUUCCCUUAUCCUGCUAUCUUGUAGUUUACAUUGUGGGCAGUUUAUGUAAUUUUGACUCAUUGAGAAAAGAGCAUCAGUUCCCAUGUUAAAUUCUGUAAAUGUUGCAAUAAGUAGUAAUACCAAAAUGUUUGCAAUGGACUGAACUAUAGGUGGAGUCUCACAAGGCUUUGUGUCAAUCCUGUGCUUUAUUAUUGGCCAUUCAUUCCUUAAUGCUAUUAAUUUUUCUGCAUCUUAUAGCUGAUUCAUCAGUUAGUGUGCUGCUUCACAAUUCUCUGGAAAGUUACCUUCUGCAAAGUUAGUUGGGGUUCAGGAACCUGUUUACAUUUCUAUGGGGAGUUGAAACAAUGUAAUGUAUCCUGAGAAUUUUAAUUGGUUAAAUAACAGUAAUAGCCAUGAAUUUUCUCCAUUAAAUAGCAAUAGGUCUUUCAUUCACUCACAUACAAAAGCAAAUUUAAUUUUAAAAAAGCAAUGCAACCUGGCUAUUGCAAGAUGAG